GACGGGAACUCCUGUCACAUAGUUAAAUUUUAACUCCAGUGACUUUCAUAUUAAAGGCAUACCCAUGUGAGUGACUGUUUUCUUGGCAUAUUUGGCUUUUCUAUAUUAUACCUGUAAAUAAUAAUACAAAAAAUUAGGUGACAGAACCUAGGAAAUGAGAUGCCUUUACUGGGGUUGAAGAAAAGACAAAGACGUUUCCAGUGGGAAGGAUAUCCUUAGGGGAGGCUUUUUAGUCAACAGUAGAAUUUGUAGUCCGUAUUUCAAAUACUUAGAAAGCCUCAGUAAAAAUCCCUGCUCUUCCCAUUGUGGGUAUGUGAUUUGGAUAAGCCUCUUAAAAAUCCUUUUAGGCUGGUUCCAAUCUGUAAAAUAGGGGGUUUAUUAAAAAAAAAAAUUACAUGUGAAACAUAGAGCCUGACAUACAGUAAAAACUUACUUUAAAACAAGUUAUCUAUUUCCAUUAAAUUGUUUCUAAAUCUCUUAAUUUAGCUUGGCAUAAUAAGUUUACUUCUGAAGACAAAUCUCAGUGUUAUCCAUGGACAACCUCCUUUUCUAUAAGUCUUUUCUUUGUGCCUCCUCUAAUAGGUUACACAAGAGAAGAGCAAAAAUGAGAAACUACACAGUAGUAACAGAGUUUAUCCUCCUGGGACUGUCAGAUGACCCACAGCUUCAGGUUGUGGUCUUUGUCUUUCUGCUCAUCACCUACCUGCUCAGCAUCACUGGGAACCUGACCAUCAUCACCCUGACCCUGCUGGAUCCCCACCUCCAGACCCCCAUGUAUUUCUUCCUCAGAAACUUCUCCUUACUAGAGGUGUCAUUCACAACUGUCACUAUACCCAGGUUCCUGAGCACCAUUAUUUCAGGAGAUAAAACCAUUUCCUUUAAUGAUUGCAUGGCUCAGUUAUUUUUUUUCAUUCUUUUAGGAGUCGCUGAAUUUUACCUUUUGGCUGCCAUGUCCUAUGACCGUUAUGUCGCCAUCUGCAAACCUCUGCAUUACUUGGCCAUCAUGAAUCAAAGAGUCUGUGUGCUCCUUGUCUUCUCUUCAUGGCUAGUUUCAUUCUUAAUCAUAUUCCCAUCACUCAUGUUGCUCUUAAACCUUGAUUACUGCAAGUCUAAUAUUAUUGACCAUUUUACCUGUGAUUAUUUUCCCCUCUUGCAACUUUCCUGUUCAGACACCACAUUCUUAGAGAUGGUGGGUUUUUCCUGUGCUGUGUUUACUCUGAUGUUCACGUUGGCUUUGAUAUUUCUGUCCUACAUAUAUAUCAUCAGAACGAUUGUGAGAAUUCCUUCUACUAGUCAGAGGACAAAGGCCUUUUCCACGUGUUCUUCCCACAUGAUUGUCAUCUCCAUCUCUUAUGGCAGCUGCAUUUUUAUGUACAUUAAACCCUCAGCAAAAGACAGGGUGUCUCUGAGCAAGGGAGUGGCCGUGCUAAACACCUCAGUAGCCCCCAUGCUGAACCCUUUUAUUUAUAGCCUAAGGAAUCAGCAGGUCAAGAGAGCCUUCAUGGACAUGGCAAGGAAGGUUGCAUUUUUCUCUAGAAAAUGAAGAAAGAAAAGUACUGUUUCAUAUUUUAGAGGCAUAAUGAAGAGCAAUUAAAUGAAAAUUCAGGCUUUUCAAAAUAAAUUACUUUCCACAUAACCUCCCUAGAGUUAUUUUUCAUUGCUUAUAUUUUAUUGCCACCAGGUUGCCAAGGAUAUUUGUAUAUAUCUUUUUUUCUUUUUUUCCUUUUCGUGUAAGUUAUUUUUCAUUUUUUUUUUUCCAUUCAAAUCCCCUUCCUUCUCUCAUGCACUUUCCUUCCUUUGUGCUGGUCUUUCUAGUCUGUAACUAUGAGACUGGCCUCAUUUCCUUCUUUGAAUUUUUUUUUUUAUGGCAGC